AUGAUUAUGGUAGCGGAGGAACCCUUCGCAAAGUCCAAGACUGGCAUCAAGGUGAUCAUUGUUGGAGCAGGUUUCGGCGGGCUCACGGCGGCGAUAGAAUGCCAUCGUCAGGGUCAUCAGGUGGAAAUAUAUGAGUCGUUCCCGGUGCUUAAGUCUUUGGGAGACAUCAUAUCCUUUGGCUCAAAUGCUGGUCGAAUCUUUCGUCGAUGGGGCGUCGAUGGCUCAAUAGCCAAGACCAUGAGAGCCCUGAGUAUCGACCUCGUCAAGCAUGGAUUCAAAAUCCACAAGUACACCGGAGAGCAUAUCAUCACCCAACAUACACCGCCAAUGGACCCCGAUGCGCCAGUUUUCAAUGGCCACCGUGGAGAGCUGCAUGAGGUUAUCUUCAACUACGCCAGAGACGACCUCAAAAUCCCUAUCCACUUGGGCCAGAGAGUCGAGAAGUACUUUGAAGAGGACGACAAAGCUGGGAUCGAACUAGCGAGCGGUGAAAGAGUAUAUGGCGAUAUGGUAGUCGGAUCGGAUGGCGUAAGGUCAAAAGCACGGGAGCUUGUCCUGGGUUACGUCGACAAGCCUAAGAGCAGUGGCUAUGCGGUCUUCCGCGCUUGGUUCCCCAACACCGAUAUGAUUGCCGACCCUAGGACGAAGCAUUUCUGCGACAACGGCGAUACAUUUCAAGGCUGGAUCGGGCAGGACGUGCACUUCCUUUUCUCAACCAUCAAGAAUGGAAGUGACUGCUGUUGGGUGCUAACACACAGAGACGAGGCGGAUAUUGAUGAAUCCUGGUCAUUCCCUGGAAAGUUAGAGGAUGUCUACAAGGUCUUCGAGGGGUGGGAUCCUCUCUGCAAAAUCAUCGUCUCGAAAACGCCGGAAAGCCACCUUGUCGACUGGAAGUUGGUGUACCGAGACCCGCUCCCGACAUGGGUCAGCAAAGGUGGCCGUAUCGCCUUGCUAGGUGAUUCAGCACAUCCUUUCCUCCCAACCUCAGCUCAGGGAGCCACACAAUCGAUGGAAGACGGCGUCACUCUCGCCAUUUGCCUUAGGCGCGCGGGGAAAGGUCAGAUUCCAGAUGCCGUCCGGACAUAUCAGAGGAUUAGGUACGACCGUGUGAAAGCAGUACAGAAGACUGGAGAAACGACACGAGACAUGUGGCACAAGGCGGAUUGGGACAAGGUCAAGGAGGACCCUAGUUCGGUGCAAUUCCCGCGCGAGGACUGGAUCCACAUGCACGACGCCGAAAAACACGCCGAGGAAGUCUUUGACGAGAACUUUGCUGCAGUUCAGGCUGCGGAAAAGGGUGUUCCUGACAAGCUGGUGAGCGGAGUGGACACGAUUAAUGGCGUCAAUGGCGUGCAUGAGGUGACUGCCGUCAAUGAAAUGAAUGGUACUCACUGA